CAGACACUUCCUGCACCGAGCCACAGUUCUCAGAGCAAGCGACUGUCUGCCGUCGAGAGGGGGGAGACAAGAUGAGGAACAAAGAUCUUUGGGAGGGAACGUGAGGCUUGAUUUAAGGACAUUACCAUGACAUAAACUUAGGACCCAAACGGAACUGUUUACUUGUUUGUCUUUUGUUUUGUUUUGUUUUAUUUUUUGUUGUCUAGUCUCCACCUGUCUUACCAGGUGUUUAGCUAACUCUUCUUGUGGAGAGCAGAUAAUGAAGUAGAAUGUGGGAAUACCUGCUUGGGUGAAACUAGUAUAUCACACUACUGUCUCGAGGACUUGCCGAGUCACCCUCCCCCUGUCUGCCUCCUAUAUGACUGAAAUUGAAGAUAACAUCAAAGUUCUCGGAUAAGCCCACACUUAUCAUAUCUUUGUGGCAUUAACAACAUUUUGGCCAGCACUUACCAUACAAAAUACUCAGACGAAUUCUUUGCUUGUGCAGUAAUUUAAAUUAAUUGUUGUAGCCUCCUUGUUUCAUCAAGGUGUGUUUUUUGUCUUAUUCAUAGUUAAUGGAUCUGUUUUGUCCAUUUGUGUAAUUAUUUAAAGAUUUAUUAUUAAUGUCCAGGAGCUGCUCGGCUGCCUUAUAUUGUUAUCGCAAUAGGCGGCUUUAAGUUGUAAUGUAAACAAUUUUUUUUUACUUAUGCAAUCGUUGUGAAGAACACUUUUGUUAAAUGACUGAUAUUGUAGUGGAAAAUAUACAUUUUUAAGUUCUAUUGUCUUUGAAUAUGUUGAAGGAUCAUUUUUUCACUGGCAGUAAACUGUAGAAGCUGACCGCUCUCACGAUCAAACUGUGAUGGGAGCUUUCUAACUGUGACACAAAGACUGAUCUUUAGUUUCUAUCAUCACUGGAUUAAUACUCUAAACAGAAGAACCUUUAAACUGGAAGAAGUUUACUUCUGAAAUGGACAGACUGAAACAGAAUCCCAGAGCUGAUUUUUUGACACUGUCUUUUGAAUCCAAACACUGAAGAGGAAGAAUGAUUUUGAGGAGAUUUCAGGGAUAACGCUCUCAGACUGUCAUUCAGAUACUUUUGAUGUCCCUGCAAAUCUGAAGAGUGUGAGAUUCCACUCUUCAAGCCUCUAAUUGUAGAAGAUAAGACUGACAUUAGACUUUUCCUCGAUAAACCUUGUCCACUUCAGCAGUGAGGAUGCGAUCUCCAGAACCGUCCUCACCUUCCACAGCAGAAGCCCUCCUUCAUGGCCAGUUCGCCAGCUGGGGUUCAGGCAGCAACAGCAACAAUAACAGCUGCCCCAACAGCCCUGGUGGUCCGGGAGGACUCUCCCCCGCUGCCUCCCCUACUCCGGCUCCGGCCUCCAACUAUGCCUUGACCCUCACCCACACCCACAUACAUAUCCAGCGGUUGUCACCGCGGCCGGGGAAGGAUGCCCGUCUCUUGCUGCCUUUAAUAGAGCUAGUGGGGUGCAGCUGCCCUCGUGCACCUGCUCCCCCUCUCCUGGUCCUGUACUGGUACCCACCAGGCAAGCGACGGAAAGGGGUGUCUCGGCGCAGGCAGGUGAGGGCCUACCUGGCGGAAAGCAGGUCUGACGCUGAGAGGUGGUCGGCUGCUGUGCAGUGUCUUCUCAGAGGAGUGACCGUCACUGCUGACACAGAAUUUUCAAGAAGUCUCCUACCUCGUCCCAGGCGACUACUGUUAUUGGUCAAUCCCUUCAGUGGGAGAGGUCAGGCAAUGCAGUGGUGUCAGACCCACAUCCUGCCAAUGAUCAGAGAGGCCAACAUCAGCUACAACCUUAUACAGACAGAGCGCCAGAACCACGCCAGAGAGCUUAUCAGAGAGAUAUCGCUCCCAGAGUGGGAUGGCAUCAUCAUUGUCUCUGGAGAUGGCCUGCUGCAUGAGGUAAUUAAUGGGCUGAUGGAGCGUCCUGACUGGGAACAAGCAAUAAAAACACCUGUCGGCAUUCUUCCCUGUGGCUCCGGGAAUGCACUGGCUGGCUCGAUCAACCACCACGCAGGAUAUGAUAUGUGCCUUCGGGAGCCUCUCCUUUUGAAUUGCUGCUUUUUGCUCUGUCGAGGCGGUGUCCGACCCAUGGACGUGGUCUCCGUGACAACAAGCCCUUCUCCCUCCAACAACAGUCGUCAUGCAGCACCCCGGAGACUGUUUUCUUUCCUUUCUGUCGCCUGGGGCUUUGUGUCCGAUGUGGAUAUUGAGAGUGAGAGGUAUCGUGGCCUGGGCUCAGCCCGAUUCACCCUGGGCACCCUGGUGCGCAUAGCUUCUCUUCGAUCCUACAAGGGUCGCUUGUCCUACCUGCCUCCCUCUAUUAGCAACACAUCACCAGAUGCCACACCUCCUCCACCAAGGAGACCCCUCUCCCGCAGCAUCACAGAAGGCCUGGAGGGCUUCUGUCGAACGCCCAUCCAUCGCACCUGCUCUGACAUGGGCAUCAGCGAGCAGAGGAGCCUGCGUAAGGGUGAGGGGGAGAGGGAAAAAGAGGAGAGGCAGAGAGAAAGGGAGAGAAGAAGGGAGAGAGCUAGGGGAGGAGGCACUGGCGUGGUGAGGGCGAGCAGCCUGGCAGAGGACAGAGAGAGGGAACGAGAGGGAGAGGUGGAGAUGGAAGCAGAAGAGGAGAGGUCAGGAACAUGUUCGGAGAGUUCAGAAUCAAUUGAAAGGGAAGAUUGCAAUAUGGGAAGGGCAGAAAGGUUGGAGGGGAUCAAGGAUGAAAGGGAAGAUGAGGGAACGGUAGAACAAGACUCCAGUGAGAUGGAGGAGGAGGGGAAGGAUGGGGAAGGCAGUGGUAGCUCUGCAGAGUCAGAGAGAGUGCUGCAUGGGAGAGAGCUGGGAGAGAGAGGUGGGUUAGUCAUGGGGCGAGAGGCAGAGGAAGAGCCAGAGAGUUGUCUCGCUUACCAGGAACCCCUUCAGGAAGCCAGACAGGCACUAAGAAAGAAUUCAGCUCCUUCCAGCCAGAUAGCCAACGCUCUCUUCAACCAGCCUCUCAGUCAGGAGGUGGACACAGAUUCUGGCCCCUCGUACGGGGUCGAGGACAUGGAUCUGAAUGGAAGCUACUACCAGAAAGAACCCUAUCCACUGGAAGUUGCUCGUGAGCGCUCUCUCACCAUCUCCUCCCCCUUUCGUCACUCCCCUUUCUCUUACAAGCCCAAGACCCUGGACCAAAACCAGAACGCCUCCCGUCCGAGGCCCCUCUCUCUCCUCCAGCACUCCCACUCAAACUCUCUCCCCCCUAAACUCCCCUCACUCUCCCUGUCUCUUUCUCCCACACCCCCAUCGUCCCCAUCAUGUGCCUCCCCACACUCUUCAUCCUACCUCGUCCCCCGUCCUAACACCCCAAAUUCCACCUCGCCCUCACCCUCUCUACGAACACCGUCCUCAUCUUUUAACUUUGACAUUGCCGAGCCAGCAGGCCCCCUGAAGAACCGUCCUUAUGUCCCAUUGCCUUUUAAUAUCCCGAGGGAUGAUUUGUUACCCCCCCUCGACCAGCCCAUUCCCACUAGAGACUGGGUCACCAUUGAAGGGGACUUUGUCCUGGUCCUGGCCCUUUAUCAGUCCCACCUCGGGGCUGAUCUUCAUGCUGCACCCCAGGCCAGGUUCGACGAUGGGCUGAUCCAUCUGACCUUUGUGCGGGCGGGGAUUUCCAGAGCCACUCUACUGAGACUGUUCUUUGCCAUGGAAAGAGGAACCCACCACUCCGUCAGCUCGCCGUAUGUGAGCCAUAUUACCUGCAAGGCCUUCAGGCUGCAGCCUCUGUCUACACGGGGAACGCUCACUGUGGACGGAGAACUGGUGCCCUAUGGGCCUCUUCAAGCGCAGGUUCAUCCCUCCCUGGCUCGUCUCAUCGUUGGUGACUCUGGGGUGAAGAUUACCAGAUUCUAAUCAGGGAUUGGUUGAUCUGAUUGACAGAUACAACACUCGACUGAAUGAUGUAAUCUCUGUUGUCAUCUAUACUCUGAAGGAGAGGGCAGAGUAACUGAGAGACUUAGAAUAGCCUGGAUUGCAGAAACUGCUUUUCUGAGGUUUAAUGAAAGGGAUAACCCACCGAGCCACGCAUCAUUGGAGCAUGACUGCAGGGAUUAAUAGCGAAUUUGAAAAUGGAUGAAAAAUGCGCCUCAUUGCACAGCUGUUGGAUUACGCUCAGCGUACCCUGAGAAGCAUGAAAACUGCACAGCCUGGGAUAGUAAGAGGGAAGAACAAUCGAAUGUUUAUGGAAUAUUUUUGUGCAGACAGUGCAUGUGUUGGAUGUAUACAUUGUAGUAUGCAUGCAGAGAAGCACUACCUGAAUUUUGCCUUUUAAUGAGAUGGAAAGAAAUCAGAUAAAAUUCAGAGAAAGGUGUUCUUGAACAUGAAAUGCUAUAAAAAAAAAAUACAUUGAGAUUCCAACACCCUGUUAAAAUUGUCCCUCAAAAUCUUCAACCCCACCCCAAUGUCAAAAUGUUUGAGUAUAAAAACUUCCGUCCAUGAAAAGGAAUGCCUUAUCUGACACUGGACACAGUUGUACCUUUGCCCUUACUUGCUCUUACUUGUAUAAGGAAUCCAAAUAUUCUUAAUCUCCGUCCACCUAUCAUAGUGUCCGUCCACUACAUCAAAACAACUCUACACUUAGAUAUACUGGUAGACACGUCUACCCACUCUUAUCUUUGAGCACACUACUCUCCACUGUUUUAGCAUCAGUGGAGAAAAAUGUGGAUAAAUACACACUUUAAUGACCAUUAAGUUCAUGCAAGUGUCUCAAUGUAGAGCAGCGAGAUCAAAGCUUUUAAUGACAUUAAUAGCAGCAUUGGAACCGUUGAACGGUGACCACAGCUGACAUUUUUACAUAAUCUGCCUGUUUUUCUUAGCCAGUGGAUGCACGAUGAUGAUGUCAAUGAUUUCACACUUUGCAACGUAUUGAACAUAAAAAAAAUUCUGAAUGAAGCGAGCUUCAUUGUCAGUGGUUUUAGACUGUUCAUUUUCAAGAAGUGCUUCAGAAUCACACACUAGAAUAUAUCACUAUUUCUGAGUAACCAUCGUUGUAAGUGUGGAGGACGUUACAUGCCUCUGUUUAGUAAGCAGUGCAAUUUGUUUUGCACAACUGAAGUUGAAGCAGCACAGAAAUUCACAACACUAGAAUGCUUUUAACUUUUAGAUGCAUCUACAGAGUAACAAAGAAUCUGAUACAAUGCUUUGUUCUAGAAAUGGACACACUAGUACGUAUAGCCUAGUCCAGAUACUAUAAUAAAUGGAUCACAUUUCAUUCCAAGCCUGAAAUAAAUUUAGUGUCUCAAUUCAAACACUGAAAGCUUUUAAAGCGUAGAACUGACUGAGAACUUAUAAAUCCUGCUGUGGAGACAAACACGAGCAAAACACUAAAAAUCCAGCAGCUCUGUGUUGUCACAUCAGAUUUUUAAUCAAGAGAUAAACAACUUUCACUGUGAGAAAUUAUCCAGCAGCAGAGUUGACCUGUUGAAAUAAGUGAUUCGAUUUGAACUUUAAACUAUCUUGAGAACUUUUUCCAAAUAAUGAUGAGCUCCUUAGUGAAAUCAAACAGCAAAUAUUGGAGCCCAAAGUAAGAAUUGUCAUGUUUUAUAACUUAAUUUCUGAAAUGUUAUAAUAAAACCUGCUGAUGUAUUUGGUCAAAGGAUAAAUCAUUAGCAUGUGCAGUUCAUCAAUCAGUAAGAUCAUGUGCCGACUGCUUGGGUCAUCAUCAACAUACUGUAUGUCUUGGUCAUGCCUGGACAAAUCAAUGCCUUUGUAUAAUAAGCCUGUAAAUUCUGGCUGUUGAUCAUGAACUGUUUAAACCUGACUGCAGAAAAAUGGAGUAAAACUCUUUGCUCACCAGGUCUUUUAUUUUCCUUCUUUUGAUUUUAUUUUUUACCUUUGAGCGCACAAUGCAGCUAGUCUACCACAUCUACACUGUGCUUACAGAAUGUGAAUACAACAUUUUGAAUCUAGGCUUGUAACAGUACCAAAUAGAAAGAUCUGUAUACACUUUGAAUGGAGUUUUUUGCCAAAAUGUUUACGCUCAAUGUUUAAGAGACUAGUUUACUUUCCUAAACAUUUUGUCAUCUAUGGCCACAGCUUGGAACUUGGUGUUAUAGACCAAUUUGAUAUGACAAUGACGGGGUAUAACCCCUCAAUUGAUAAUGCCAUUAAGAUUUCUGUAGUGGACUGCCUGUAAUGAAAUUGUAAUUAUUACUAAAAUCAUAUGAAUAUAUGAAAUAUAUACAUACACAAUGUACAGUUAAUAGUUCUACAUGGUUUUGAAUAAAUGUAACUUGAUAAGUUUG